AUAUACCAUAACCAUAUUUUAUGAUUUUUGGUCUUUAACGGCACUUUUCUCCUAUAUAGUGUUAGAGAUAAUAUCUACUUUAUUCUAUAGUAGUACAUAAUAACAUGCUUUCGUUCUGAUUCUGUUUAAACUUUAAAGUCGUGUUAGGUAUGUCUGCAGCAGCUAAAUUUAUUAAAUUAUGCUAAUACUGGACACGAACCAAGAGUGCAGUUAUUCUCUGGAAUCUAGUCACUAGGGCACUCUGAUUGGUGGACGUAUGCAUUGUAGUUACACAGGUCACCACUUAGAACUUUUGUUCCAACUAUUUUGUUUUUACAUUGAUAGCAAUAUUCAACAGGAACAAGUAUGGCAGCUCUUAAUGUUGUGAUAAGACUGAUUAGACACUGAUUAUUUAGGCUCACAUUUAACUGGUACUGCCUAGUGCCUACUACCUAUUUGGAAUUUUGAUUUUGGUGACUAGAUAAGAACUAUAGAUAAUCCCCAAAUAUAUGUUCAAUAAUAUUUUUAUUGAUUUUUCGAAGAUUAAGAAACACCAUUUUUAAAUAAUUGUAUCAACUUCCUACUUUGCCAAAAUAAAAAUGUAUAACUCCGGUGUAUAGUAUCCAAAAAAUAAGAUGCAUUUUAUGUUAUUAUUCAGCCGCCAAGGCAAACUCAGACUCCAAAAAUGGUAUGUUGCUCAUCCAGAUAAAGUGAAGAAAAAAAUUACAAGAGAGCUUAUCACCACAAUAUUAGCCAGAAAACCAAAAAUGUGCAGUUUUCUUGAAUGGAAAGAAUUAAAAAUUGUUUAUAAAAGAUAUGCAAGUCUAUACUUUUGUUGUGCUAUUGAGCAGAAUGAUAAUGAACUUCUCACAUUAGAGAUUAUUCAUCGUUAUGUUGAACUUUUGGACAAAUAUUUUGGCAGUGUUUGUGAGCUGGACAUUAUUUUCAAUUUUGAAAAAGCAUACUUUAUAUUAGAUGAGCUGUUGUUGGGUGGUGAAAUACAAGAAACUAGCAAAAAAAAUGUGCUCAAGGCAAUAUCUGCGCAGGAUCUCUUGCAAGAGGAAGAAACGCCUCAGACUUUUUUUGAAGAUCACGGAUUGGGUUGACUUGAACGAUUUGUUAAAUUGUUAAAUUGCAUUCCAACCAUCUAUUAUAUUUAAUCACUAAAAGGAGAAACGUAACGAGCAUAUUUUCUACUUAUCACUCGUUUAGUUAUUAUUAUUACACAACUAUUAUAAUCAUUUAAUUUUUACAUGUAACUAUGACUAAAUGAAUUUAAAUUAUUUUUUUUUAUAGAUAACACAUAAAUUGCAUCUAUGUCCGUCCAAAUUGUAUUACAAUUUUUUUUACGUUGCUGUUUGUCUAAAUAGGCAAUAAAAUACAAAAAUAAAUUAAAGCUAAUUUUUUUCUUGUUUUAAA